AUAAAUUAACCGACAAAAUGUUAAAAUUCGGGGUAAAAUCAGCGGUCCUAGGUUCAGCAGUCUAUUACACUAUUGAUAAAGGUGUUUGGAAAGACAGUGCCACCACUUCUGCUUUGUACGAUGAACUCGAAAAAGGAGUUUCUCCUUAUGUUGGCGAAAUUAAGAAACAAAUACCAUACGAGCUACCACCUUUACCCACAAAUGAUAGAGCUUCAUACCUUUUCAAACACUAUUGGAAUAAUGGAGUAAAGGCUACAUUCAGUUUCUUGGUUGAUCUUCCUACGCAUACCAGUAAUGCUUGCAACAAGGCAUAUGAGUAUAUAAACUCUGCUCUAGAUGCAGGUGAGCAAAGUGUAAGUCCUCCUAUACAAGAAAACAAAUGAAAUUGUAAAGUUGAUUGUAUUUAUUUAUUUGAAAUGGAAUUGUUUAUUUGAAAUAAAAGUUAA